AUGACGAUCCAUGGAUUAAUCGCGCACUUCCUUAGUGAGAAUAACUAUCCUGAGACCUUGAAGGCAUUUGAACGGGAACAUGGGACCCCAAUUGAGGUUGAACUUCCUCAUAAUGAAAGCCUUGUAGAUAUUAUACAAGAUCGUGAAAGUUUUAAAAAUGUGGACAAUAGUGAACAAGAACUUGAAGAUGAAAAUAGUAAUAGUUCUAAGAUUGUUGCUGGUAUUUCUCAUUGGACAGCCCCGUAUCCCAAGGUACCACUGAGUAUAGAGAUUCCUGGCCUUGUGAUUGCUUCAUGUUGGCAUUCCCAAUCUGGAUGUCUCUUAUUGAGCACUGCAGACCUCAAAAUAUAUGUAGUUAAAGACGAUAAGGUCGUUCAUACACAAGUUCAACCUAUAGGGAGAGUAGUUGUUAAAAAGAUUUUGAGUUUCCAAGAUAAAAUAUUGCUUGCAGGAAUGAAUGGUAGGGUGUAUGAUUGUUACAUCGAUGAUGAUUAUGUUAUCAGUGUCAAGACGUAUAUUCAAGCACAUACCAAAUUAAUUACGGACGUACAAGUAUUCCAUUCCCCCACGGAUCAAUCAUUAUAUUUGAUAACGCUUGGGUGGGAUUUCCUUAUUAAAGUGUUUAAAAUUCAAGAUACAUUCAAUUUAAUUUCAGAAUCAAAGUUGACAGUACAGGGGACAUGUUUUGCAAUUACUACAUUCCAAAACAAGGAUUACGUGAUUGUUGGAAAGAAUGAGCACACUUUAUUGGAUAUUUAUGAUCUUUCGACCCUUACACUUCAAUAUAAGAUCUCUUUAAAUGAUGCCAUUUUCAGUACUUCGGGAUUUUCACCACGAUGUAUUUUGGUUAAAGAUGGGAUAAUUGUGGUUGGGACAUCUCAUGAACCAUAUAUGAGAAUCAUAAUUGUUUCCUUGUCUGAAGAAGGAGAGUCAAUUCGUAGAAAUCAAAUUUUACGUAACUUGAACUCACAUUCGCCACAAGAUAAAUAUUCACAAGCUAACAUAGCGUGGAGAUUAGAUAAAUCAGGAGUUUGGGUAUGUGGAGAAGAUGGAAUUAUUCGAGGAAUAAACCUACAACUGGGGAAAGUUACAGUUCAAUUGGAAGGACAUGACGGGAAGAUCAAGUCGUCUUGUGUAGGAGACAAUGAUGGAGAAGAACUUUUCAUUACAUGUGGGGUAGAUAAAUUAGUUAAAGAAUGGAAAAUAUAG